ACCUCUUUAUUUACCACUGUCUUGUAAACAAUUGCAACAAAUUUAUUGAAUCCGUUUUUACGGCUUAUAUAAAGAUUUUAGACUAAAUUGUUAGUACGGUAUUACCCUUACUAUCAUUAAACCUACGAGACUUCAUACAUCAGUUUCAAGAAAACACAGGAUGUUUAGGAAGUCCAGGCCCAAAGUAGAUCCCCCACCCACGGCUCCUAGUGUGGAGGAAAUGAUAGCGGACAUGGAAACGUUCGAAGUCAAUCAGCCCACGAUAAGCGGAUCAACGGACAACUUGGACAUGGAGCACGCUUUUCUGACUGAACCGGAGAAUCUUCCCCUUUCAACAUGGUGGCAGAUGUUCGACGAGUACGAUCAGAAGGUGAAGAAACUGUCGGCCACCGUGGGAGAUCUGGAGACCCAACGAUAUCAGUUGAAAGAAUGCUAUUCUAAGCUGGAAAAGAACGCGGAUAAGCUGAGAACGGAUAUCCAAAAGCAGCAGGCACUGGUCAAAGAAGCCCUUAAAUGUUAAUCUAUUAUUAAGCUACCUUAUCUUAAACAAUUGUUGAAUGCACGAGCGGGUAACAAGUAAAACCUAAAAACUCCACAA